AUGGCAGGUGACGAUGGGUAUUGUGACGGGAUGCGAUAUUUGUCUUGCAAGAAAAGCAUCUCAGCCAAAGAAACGGCCCGCCUCUUCAUCACAACCGUCGUUUGACUCCACGGCAUCCCAUCCGCCAUCAUUUCUGACCGCGACACGAAGUUCACCAGUAACUUCACGCCUACAGGUCUCCGCCGCCUAUCACCCUGAGACUGUCGGACAGACCGAACGGGCCAAUCAGACGAUGGAGCAACUGAAUC